UUCCAAGAAAAUCAAGAAAAACAAAAAAAGUUCUCUGUAAAACUAUUCUUCUUCCGAUGUAUCAAAUCUUCAUCUUCUUUGUAACAAUCUUCCACAGUUAUUACUAUGUAUCUGCUCAGCCUCCUGCUCCUCCGUUCAGAAACGGCGACCUAGUCACAAACUUCGAGCCGAGUUUAGCCGUCGUCACCGGCGUUCUCGCCAUCAUGUUCACACUCACUUUCGUCCUCCUCGUCUACGCUAAGUGCUGCCACAUCGAUCUCCGGUCAGGUACCGGCGACGGAAGACGGCAAGAUCGCCGGCUCCGACAAGGAAUAUUCUUUAACCGGUCUACCAACUCCUCGGACCGAUUCUCCGGUUUAGACAAAACCGCGAUAGAGUCACUUCCUCUGUUUAGAUUCUCUGCUUUGAAAGGAUCAAAACAAGGGCUUGAGUGUUCUGUCUGUCUAUCUAAAUUCGAAAGCGUCGAGAUUCUUAGAUUGUUGCCUAAAUGUCGUCACGCUUUCCACGUGGGAUGCAUCGAUCAGUGGCUUGAGCAGCACGCAACUUGUCCUCUCUGCAGAGCGAGAGUCUCAGUGGAAGAUGAGUCCUCUGUUUAUGGUAACAGCUUCCGGUUCUUGAAUCAGUCUGAGGUACGAGAAGACUCGAGCUUGGAGCUUUACAUCGAGAGAGAAGAAGAAGAAGAAGAAGAAGAGAGGAGACAGAGAGAGGAACUUGGUGGGUCGUCGAGGUUCAGCAUCGGAGGGAGUUUCAGGAAGAUUCUUAAAUUAGGUCAUAAAGAUAAACCGUUACUUGAUCAACACGGAGAAGAUAAGUUGAUGCAUAAGUUCAAUCAUAGGAUCCUUGUGUCUGAUGUUGUGUUCAAGAAUCGUUGGAGCAACGUGAGCUCGUCUGAUUUGAUGUUUUUGAAUUCGGAGAUGGUUAGUUCGAUUUCCAGUGAGAGAUUCUCGUCGAUGGAUAGAGUGAAGAGAGGUGAUGAAGAGGAUCACAGAGGUAACUUGCAAGUCAAGGAAGAUAAUAGAAUGUUGGAGAACAAAUUGUCGGAAAACAGAGAUCUUGGUUCUAAAUCAAGAAACGUUAUGAUCGAGCCGGGAAGAAGAUCGAUUUCUGACAUCACUGCGGUUCCUAGACUGAGUAUUGUGGUCCAUGGAGAUUGUAGCGGUUCAAACGCAGCGUCUGCGUUAGAAAACGGUGGAAACGAGACGGAGGAGAGAAGACGGCGUUUGUGGCUGCCCAUCGCUAGAAAAACCGCUCAGUGGUUUGCCAAUAGAGAAAAAAGACAUCAAAUUAACACAACACACCAACACUUUGAUGUUUAGUUUCUUUGCAAUUUUUUUUUACCUUUUACAAAUAUUUAAUUUUGAUCUAUGUUCUUUACAAAAUUCUUACACAUGUUAGAUCAAAAAGAAGAUGAUUUGCGUAAAUAAAUUUGAGAUAUGUAUA